UUUCCUUUAUCAGUUAUCACUCGUCUCAAACAACAAGAAGGUCGCAAAGGCGCCUUCUUCUGUCGAGCCAAUCGACGAUCACAAAGCCUGAAUUGGAGACCAAAAUAUCAUGGGCUUACCGACGGAUCCCCCGCACCACCAACUCCCUCGCAACGUCACCAACUUCUUCCGCAACACCACCACGUCUGUCUUCUCUCAUUUCUCCACUCCCCAAACGCCGCCGUGCCUUCCAUUCGCAGACUCGCCUUUAGAGUCAAAUCUGCCCAACUCCAUAUCUUCCAAAUCCGCAAUCAAGGGAGUGUCUUCGGCCGAGUCAAGCUCUGGCUUCCCAUCAACAGUUAGGAUUUCGGGACUCAAUUCCGCUGGCAAGAGUGGUGGCCCCGCCUUUGUUGGCCGAGUCUUUAGCAUGUGCGAUCUUUCUGGGACUGGUCUUAUGGCUAUUUCAACUCACUUCAAUAUUCCCUUUAUUUCUAAAAGAACACCGGAGUGGCUUAAGAAGAUAUUUGCAAACAUUACUACGAGUGAAAGGAAUGGCCCUGUUUUUCGCUUCUUUAUAGAUUUAGGUGAUGCAGUUAAUUAUGUCAAGCGACUUAAUAUUCCGAGUGGGGUGGUGGGUGCUUGUCGUCUUGAUUUGGCAUAUGACCACUUCAAGGAAAACCCUCACUUAUUUCAGUUUGUUCCAAAUGAAAAACAGGUAAAGGCUGCCAACAAAAUUCUUAAGAAAAUUCCACAAAGUGAUGGAAAGAGAAAGGUUGAUGGUGUUCCUGUUUUCGGUGCUCAAAACUUGGAUAUUGCAAUAGUUACUACCGAUGGGGUUAAGUGGUAUACUCCUUACUUCUUUGAUAAAAACAUGCUGGAUGAUAUUCUGGAAGAGUCCGUUGAUCAGCAUUUCCGUAGUUUGAUUCAAAAUCGGCACAUAGAACGCCGAAAAGAUGUAGUUGAUGAUAACUUAUCAGCUGAAGUGAUUGAAGAAAUUGAAGAUAGCAUGUGGGAGCCUCCAGAGGUUCAAGAAUUUCUGGAUGAGGUUCCUCCUGCCAUACCUUUGAGUGUCAUUUCAAAGGCCACCGAGAUUCAGCUUCUCUAUGCUGUAGAUAAGGUACUCCUAGGUAAUAGGUGGUUGCGAAAAGCCAUGGGCAUUCAACCAAAAUUUCCUUAUAUGGUUGAUUCAUUUGAGAGAAGGAGUGCUUCUUCGUUUCUUAGAGCCUCAGAGCCAGCCACUUACCUCUCCAGCCCUGAAACACAUAGCAACAUGACAGAGCUCAAAUUUGUUGAUAAUGCUAAUGCCGAUGAUGGACAGAGACAAGAUUUCAGGUUUCCUCUCGGAGAUUGGUUUAGUCUUCCAUGGUUGAAACAUGAAAGAAAACCUAGAAAGAAAUCUGAUGCAAGCCCAUCAAAGGAAUGCAAAAGGCAACACUUUCAAGCUAAUCCCUUGCUUCCGAAGAUCACAAUGGUUGGCAUGUCAACGGGAGAUGGACAAAUGAGCGAGUCUAGUUUGAAUAAUACUAUGGACGAUCUAAUAAGAGAGUUGGAGAGCACUGAAGAGGGAAAUAGGAGUGACAGUGAGAUUAACAAGUUAAAAGUCGAAAAUAGAGAUCCGCUAUUUGUUGCAAAUGUGGGCGAUUACCAUUCAGGCUUGGCAAAGACAGAUUCGGCACGAUGGUUUCAGGUUGGAAAGAACUGAAGAUGCUCAUCCAAAUCGAAUUUCUUUUCGAACUAGGUAAAUAAAAAUCGUAAAUUAGCAAUGUUUAUAUUUUGACAGAUCGUAUUGAGAUUAUGUUGCUUGCUUUCACGUAAGGUGUGUAAAGGAUAUAAUCAAAGUCGAUUACAGAGCUUAGUUGAUGCAAUUAUCCGCAAGUAUUCAACGUGGCCUCCAUUGUAAUAAAAUGAAUAAAUAAAUAGUUAUAAGCUUAAAGGGA